AUGGACCAUUCUAGUAAACACAUUGACCCAGAUGUUUUGGACUUCUAUCGGCCAUCACAUAUAAGUGAGAACCGACUGUCUAGUUCAGGUCACAAUUGCCACUCUCAUGAUCAGCAUCCUCCAGGUCAACAUCGCCCCCAGCCUGUUUCACAGUUGCCUCUUCAUGUAAAAACAAGCAGUGCAGUUCGUGUCUCUGUCGCUGGUCCCACUCAUACCUCACAUGGUGUCCAUCCUCAACUACUUCGUGUGUAUCAACAAGGACGGUCACACACUGCUGUUCAGCAUCACUCUGGCCGCCAACAAAUCCACCCAGAGGUGUUUCGACAUAGUCCACAGGCUUGCCAACCUAAUUCAGGUGGCUGCGCUGCUAGCGUCAGCAGUGGAACAUCGGGCUAUGCCUCCCUUAACAGUAAUUGCAAAGGCGGGCAUAAGUCGUCAACUAGUGCUCGACUUCGAGCCGCGGAACUAAUCACCCUCCUUCGUGGAAAGUACGCAAUGUUGCCUGGAGGUCGCACCAGAAAUGGCGGACCGAUUCUUUGCUUCCCUGCGAAUUCUCACGCUGAUUGCCUGCCACUUGAGGAGCUUUAUUUCCUUGUGCGAUACCUAACUUACCUCCCUGAAGAAAACGUGAAGAAGCUGGGAUUUGCCGUUAUUAUUGAUAUGCGCAGCGGCACUACGUGGCACAGUGUUAAGCCCAUCCUGAAAGUCAUCGAGGAAUGCAUUGGCGGCAAUGUUUCUAUGACGUACAUAAUCAAGCCCGACAAAUAUUUUGAAAAGCAAAAGGUUCAAUUGGCCAUUGGAAAAUUCAGUUUCAAUAUUCAACUCGUGUCCGUCGAACAGCUUUUCCUUGAAGUCGAUCCCAGUCAGUUAACUGCAGAUCUCGAGGGAACCCUCCCUUACCACCACGAAGAGUGGAUCCAAAUCCGGUGUUGCUUGGAGGAGUUUUUCAUGUUCGCCCACGACAUGUCAGACAAGUUCAGCCAACUUUACUGCUUUCUUGAUCAAAAGCAAAACCCCGAAACCGUCGAGGAGUCGAAACGGGCCUUGGAGGACCAUCGUUCUGUGCGCCUGAAAGUAAUGCAAGCCCCCGUACCGGCUCUGGAGGCCGAAUCAGAUCGCCUCUCCGCCUGGCUCCGUUAUGGCAUUUCUGCCGCGGCCUCGGCUUCUGCUUCGGGUGGCGGCCCCGCGGCAGUGACCUCCUCCUCCUCCGGUGGUGUUGCUGGUGGUGGUGUCGGUCUUCCAAGUAGCGUGACUGUUGCCACCAGUGGCUCUGGCGCCUCCUACGUCCCCUCGUCUUGGGUCUCCAUGAAUCCCGACUUCCAACAACUGAUUCCCCAAGUGCGCCAGACCGUGACCCAGCUGUACGAGUUUCGGGCGCAUCUACAGCAGAAGUGGGAGACUGGCAGAACCCGCUUGGAGCAGAUUUACCAAUUCCGACUGUUCGAAGACGACGCCAGCCGAAUGACCGGGUGGCUCGAUCAACAGGGCAUGCUGCUUCUCACAGAACACGCCGACAUUGGCGACACAGCUGCUCAGGCCGUCGAACUCCACAAUCAGCACAGACAGUUCCUUCAGAAGUGCAACGGUGUGCGAGAGCAGGUGUCGCGUCUAACGGGGAUCGCCCGCAUGCUAGCCGACACCGGACACUUUGCCGGCCAACAGAUGCUGAAACAGGCGACUGAGUUGGAACACGAGCGGAAGUCGUUCACAGCGGCGCUGGAGGAGCGUUCCCGGGUGCUUCAGCUCUCCACCAGUUUCCACACUCGCGCCGAGGCCUUCCUCAACAGCUGCACCUCGUGGGAGGCCGGUGUUCGUCACGUCUCCGGCACCAAUGUUAGCGAUCUCAACCAGGCCCUGCGACUCAUCCAGGAACGCUGGCAGGACAUUCAGCGGUCGUAUGAGGAGGCCUGUCGUGACGGACGGGCCAUGGUGGAUUUGCUCAGCGCCCCGGUUGCUGGUGGAUCGCACACCUCGCUCACAGCUGCCAUCGACUACUCCCAGGGCCGCAAACACUGCGCCGAUCUGGUGCACGAGCUGUGGGCUUGGUACAAGCGAUUGGAGCGCACCUUCACCGACCGCAAAUCGCGCCUCACUUCUCGCCUGGCCUUGCUGAUGUUCAAGGAGGACGUCGGCCAGGUGCUCGCCUGGCUCACCGACCACGGAGAGCCCUUCCUGGCUCGCCAGACCGCCAUCGGGAAGUCUAGCCAGCGUGCCGAGCAACUCUACAACGCUCACAUGCAAUUCGAGCAGGUUGCCGCCAACACGCUCACCAACGCCGACAAACUCAUCUCCGCGGUGGACGAGCUGGCCUCUCAAGCCGAAAAUCCGCGAGAAGUCCGCCAGGAGGCGGCGAAGCUGCAGCAGCGCAUCACCAAUUUUACGAAUGCCGUCGAUGCGAGACGUGAGAUGUUGGACCUGGCGUGCGGUUUCUACGGCCACACAAAGGAGGUGCUCAACUGGUUCCACAACGCCACCGAGAACUACAACCCCGGCGAGCACUUCCCGCCCACCAUCGAGGGCAUGGACGACGAGCUGACGGCCUUCCGCCAGCACCGGGCCAGCCUCGAGGCCGCGGUCAACCGGGUUGUCUCGGAGGGCGAGGCCCUCAUCGCUCGUCUCCAGGACUCCGAGGAGACCGCCCACCUUCGAUCGAUUCUCGCUCAGGUCACCAAUGAGCGUGGCUCGGUGUGGGACAUUCUCGGGGAUCGGCAGAUGCGUCUGGAGCUUUGCAUGCAGUUGCGCCUCUUCGAGGCCGACGUUCACGAUUCCAUGGAAGGUCUGAGAAGGGAUGUUCCGGCCAUUACAGCCGCGGCAGCAGCAGCUGCUGCUGCAACGUCUUCCACAUCUCCAACUGCCUCCACCGCUGCGUCUGAUUCCGGUGCAGCUAGUGCUCCCUCAACUACCGGUACUCCUGCUACUUCGGAACUCUACUGGAUCUCUGACCCUCGACAAGCUCCCAGUAUAGCAGCCUUGGAAGAGGUGAAUGUUUCGUGCACUGCCGUUCUUCCGAAAGUUGAGGAAGUCCUCAACAAAGGUGGAGAACUUAUUCGCAUUUUCGAAUCGGUUGGAGUCAACUUCCCAGCUGGCGGACCGGGGUCUAGUGACUCGGGCGUUGGUGAUAGUUCAGAAACGGCUGUGGAACGUGUUCACCGGCUAAUCUCUGAACUGGGCGACUCUGUCGCCACUGUUGACGAGAUCAACGAGCGUGUUAGCAAUGAACUGGAUUGGCGCCGGUUGCAGUCACAAUCUAGACAGGUCUUGAAGUGGAUAGGCCAGUGCGAGGUGAUCCUCUACCAGACCGCAGCCAUUCCCUCCAGUCUGGCGGAGGCGGAGGCGAUGCAGACGGAUCACGACAAGUUCCAGCCCGUUCUCAACGACGCCCACCCCGAGGCCGUGCAAUGCGCCGCACGGGCCUCCUACCUUCUGCAGUCGGUUGCAGCCGACCAUCCACGUCGUGCGGACUUCCAGGCCGUCGCCGAGAGCGUAGCUGCUCGCUGGCAGAAGCUCGUCUACGCAGCUGAAGAGAAACACAAAUUACUCAUAGCGGCCACUAACUGGUACAAAACCUCGGAACAGGUGAUUUCGGUGCUGCGUUCCUUGGAGAAGGACUAUCGUCGCGAUGAGGACUGGUGCCGGUCUGACAAGGCCCUGGGCAGCGGGAACGUCGAGGCCUACCUCAACGACCUUCUCAACAAACACGGCGAACAAAAGGAGGCCUUCCUCAAGGCCUGUAUUCUUGCAAGACGAACCUCCGAGCUGUUCAUGAAGUACCUGCACCGCCAGCCUCCUUCGACGGCCUGUCGCUCCAAGGUGGAGGAACGAAUACGCAGCGACAUGGCCGACCUCAUGACGAAGGAGCAGGCCGUUCUGGAGGCGUGGGCAGCCCAACGUCGGCGGUUCGAGGACUGCGUCAAGUUCGUUGCCGUCGAGGCUGAAAUGCUCGAACUUGCUCGGCGCAUCUUCCAAUCCGUGGGGGCUCCGGUGAAGUCGGCGGAGGAUCCCAAUGCGGCUCUGCCUCUCAUUCCACUGCAAUCGCCUUUCCACAACGGCGUGAAACGGGCCUGCCAGACGCUAAAAGCCCUCCUCGAUGUCGGGAUCGGCCCCCACCAUGUCGAUCGUCUGCUCAAGAUCCACCACCGUUUCGAUGCCUGUCUGGCUUCUGCGGAACCUCCUCGACCGCCUGAAGGCGAUUCCACUGCCCCAGCGAAGAUGCGCUCCACCAGUGCGGGCUCCAACAGAACCUCUGUUUCGAGCACUGGUAGCUCCGCGGCGGUGGCAUCAAGCGAUGCUGCUUCGAGUGUCGGCAUCACCGCAACUGUCGGCCUGACCGACGGGCAGCGAAAACUCAUCAAUCGACGCCAGAACAUCCUCCGCGAACUCGUCACCACGGAGCGCGCUUACGUGGUUGCUCUGCGCACCUGUCUUGAAACAUUUCGCGUCGGCACCAUGGACCCACCUGUUGACAUACCUAUUCCCGCGAGCAUAGCAGGCAAAGAGAAGGUAGUCUUUGGUAAUCUGGAGGAGAUCUACCACUUCCACGAGAAGUUCUUUGAGCCCGAGAUCUGCAAGUACGCCAGCGGUGGCGACUUCUUGCCCGAGGACGUAGGCCACUGCUUCGUCUCCUUCGGCGACCGACUCGCCGGUCUGUAUGUGGAGUACUGCGUCAACAAGGAGGACUCCAUGCACAUCCUGGUGGGCGACACGGAGAACUUCUUCGGGCGACUCCAACUGCGUUUCCAACUCAGCGAGCCGCUCCAAUCGUUCCUGAUCAAACCGGUGCAACGCAUAACCAAGUACCAGCUACUGCUGCGCGAGCUGAGGGACUGCUGCGACAAGGCGUCGGCUGGCGAACUCUCCGAAGGCCUCGACGUCAUGAUGGCGGUCCCCAAGAAAGCCAACGAAGCCAUCCACCUGCGAAUGCUCCAAGGCCUGCCAGACGACCUGCCGAUGUCGUGUCUUGGCGACGUCGUCUUGCAAGACCAGUUCACCGUGUGGGAGCCCAAGCAACUCAUCAAGAAGGCUCGUGAUCGUCGCGUCUUCCUCUUUGACAUCUGUCUGGUGCUCGCCAAGGAAUGCCCUGUUAGCCCCGGUGACAGCAAAAUGAAGUAUCAAUUCAAGUCUCGCUUCCUUCUCGCCGACGUGAAUAUCACCGAACACAUCGAGGGCGACCAGUGCAAGUUCGCUCUAUGGACGGGUCGUGUGCCGCCUGUCAGCGACUACCGCCUCGUCCUCAAGGCUCCCAAUCUCGAAGUGAAACAGACGUGGGUGCGUGCGAUCCGCGAAGCGAUGCGCGAGCGAAUGUUCAGCGUGCAGAGUCUGCACCAGGAGGGCGGCGCUGCGCCGAACAAACUCGGCGCCGAUAGCAUCUCCGCUCUCGAUGCCUACUACAUUCGAGAAAACUAUCAGGCCCAGGGUCCCAACGAAAUCUCGGUGGCCGCUCAUCAGAUUGUACAGCUCAUCCAGCGCACCGCUCAGCCGACAACCGAGAGCGUCGGCUCCCCGCCGCCAACUCCCACACCGUCGGCAGACGGGGACGGCGAAGCGGGAGGCAUGCCCUGGGCGCUGGUGCGAUUCGUGGUCACUGGCAGCGCCGCCUCGCCCAACGCCCCCGUCGACGAGGGCUUCAUUCCUGCCCGCCUGCUCGGCGCGCCCGUCUACCCCCGCGCCGCCUCCGUCACCGCCUCCGGUUCUGGUGGUGGUGGUGGUGCUAGCAGCGGAGGUCGGCUGUCCAUGCGACGCUGGCUGCCGUCAGGCACUGGCGCCAAGGAGCGACGCCAAAUCAUUCCUAAUUCUGCCGGCAAACGUGGAUCCAAGGCCGAUAUGGUGCCACCGCCCAUUCCUCUUGUCCACCGAGCUAGGGCUGCGACAUCACAGCACCCUGCUCCGACACCGGGGGCUGCCACCUCGGCGCAGGACAACGCCGCCCUCCUGGACAACGUCUCGGAAGAGAGCGUAGAGUUAGAGUUGCCUCCGCCGAUGGUUGAGCUGCAGGCUCUCCCGACCACCGCUGCCACCGCCACUUCCGGCGUCAACUCGUCGAUGGAGAACCAGCUGGAGGGACGCGAGUCUGCGAGGGAUGGCGUGGGACAGCUUCAGCAGCCGUCCAGCCGCUCGCCUUCGACGCUCAACAUCUCCACCAUGGACGGCGAACUUCAGACGGCGAAUUCUGAGCUCAACCUCUCGCGAAUGGUCGAGGUGGCAGGUGAGGGUAGCGAGGAAGGCGUCGGCCAGUCCUUCCCUCCCGUUCUCACCGGGGUGCCCUCGGACCUUCAGCAGAAUAACCUCGGCCACCUACUCCUUCACGGCUCCCUUCCCGUGGCGUCUCAGCUGGUCGGCGCGCUGGACGCCUCGUUGGCCGAUCUCACCAUCGGAGGUGGCGAUGUGGACAACAACGGCACCUCUGCCGCCGCCGCUUCCGCUGCCACCUCAACAGCCGCGCAAGACGAUGAGUUGCUGAAGGCGAUCGCGGAGGACUCCACAUCGCUGUGCUUCGUCAAUCGACACCUCAUGCUGUUCGACCGAGGCCUGGUGAUUGCCGACGCCGCCGUCGAGGCCACGUCGAGGUGUGACGGUGUCACUCGACAAAUGCGCUGCCAAUUCAGGCACUUCUUGCCCUUCUCUCAGAUCGCCAUUCUGGAGGACAUAAGCGUUGCAGGCUCGAGGCCAACAGAGGAGCAAGUUUUGUGGUUCUGCGUGUCCGAGCGCCCCCGCCAGUCUACGGCGUCGGGCGUCUGCGGCGGCGGCGGUGCACAGAGCGGUUUGCAGUCGCACCUCUGCCACGUGCUGGCUCCCCACUCCCCCGAAACCCGCAUUCGCUGGCUCACCGAACUCAACGCCGCCCUGGAACAGAGCAAGCGUCAGUCUUCGACGCCUGCUGCUGCCGCCGUUGGAGGUGAUCUUUCCCCUUUAUCCAUUUUAUUGAUUUUUCGUGGGCAGUCCUGUGAACUCAGGGAUUCGAUUAAGCGUAUCUUCCCCUUCGUGUGGUGGUGCGGCGAAACCGCGUUGCCAGUGGACCUUGCUGAGUUUCGAUGUGUUGAAAUGGGGUUUUUCCCAAGUACUAGUCCCACCGCUGACUUACCCAAUUCUCGUUUGAAAUUCCACUAG